UACAUUUCCCUUCCUUGACAUUAAUGAUUAAACCAGUGAUACCCGAACCCGACACCGAAUCCGAUUCAAAAUCCGCCGGGGACGCAGCUACUCCCUCCGCCAAAUAGCUUUCAACGGUAAAUUUUCACGGCGCCGGUUGUCUUCCUUCUUUGUUCUUCUCAGGAAUCGCUAAUUGAUAACUUCAAUUGGAAGAUACAAGACAAAAAAAGAAGAUCAAUAUGGGAAACGGUGAAAGAGGAAGACCUAACAAGAAGAUGAAGUAUGGUGGCAAGGAUGAUCAAAAGAUGAAGAACAUCCAAAACGCUGAAGAUUACUAUGAUGAUGCUGAUGAAGACUCUCGUGAUGGUGAAGGAGAGGAGAAGAAGAGAGAUUUUACUAAAUUGGAGUUGAAGCCAGAUCAUGGAAACAGGCCUUUGUGGGCUUGUGCUGAUGGAAGGAUUUUCUUGGAGACAUUUUCUCCUCUCUAUAAACAAGCUUAUGACUUUCUUAUCGCCAUUGCUGAACCCGUUUGCAGGCCUGAGUCAAUGCACGAGUAUAAUUUAACCCCACACUCGUUGUAUGCUGCUGUUUCCGUUGGUCUUGAGACAGAAACUAUCAUUUCUGUUUUGAAUAAACUGUCUAAGACUAAGCUACCCAAGGAGAUGAUUGAGUUCAUCCAUGCUUCUACUGCUAAUUAUGGGAAAGUAAAGCUGGUUUUGAAGAAGAAUCGGUAUUUUAUUGAGUCCCCAUUCCCAGAGGUUUUGAAAAGGCUUCUCAGCGACGAUGUUAUAAACCGAGCUAGAUUUUCUUCUGAGCCAUAUUAUGGCGGUGAUGGAUUCUCGGUCGGCAGAACAUGCGGUGAACUUGAAGCAGGACCCGGGGAGCUAUUGAAUGAAGCGGAAUUUGCAGCAGCAGCAGAAGAGAAAGAAACUCACUCAUUUGAGAUUGACCCUGCACAGGUGGAGAAUGUGAAGCAGCGUUGCUUACCAAAUGCCUUGAAUUACCCUAUGUUAGAGGAAUAUGACUUCAGGAACGACAAUGUUAAUCCCGAUCUUGACAUGGAACUGAAGCCCCAUGCACAACCGAGGCCAUACCAGGAAAAAAGUUUGAGCAAAAUGUUUGGGAACGGGCGAGCAAGAUCUGGGAUUAUAGUGUUGCCUUGUGGUGCUGGUAAAUCUCUAGUUGGUGUUUCUGCAGCUGCUCGUAUAAAGAAGAGUUGUCUUUGUUUGGCGACGAAUGCUGUCUCAGUGGAUCAGUGGGCCUUCCAGUUCAAGUUGUGGUCUACUAUAAGAGAUGACCAAAUAUGUCGUUUCACUUCUGAUAGUAAAGAACGAUUCCGUGGAAAUGCUGGUGUUGUUGUGACAACCUAUAAUAUGGUUGCCUUUGGUGGUAAACGGUCUGAGGAAUCAGAGAAGAUUAUAGAAGAAAUGAGAAACAGAGAGUGGGGGUUACUGCUCAUGGAUGAGGUGCAUGUGGUUCCAGCCCAUAUGUUUAGGAAAGUUAUCAGUAUCACAAAAUCUCACUGCAAGCUAGGACUUACAGCCACCCUUGUGAGAGAAGACGAAAGGAUUACAGAUUUGAACUUCCUCAUUGGCCCGAAACUCUAUGAAGCCAAUUGGCUAGAUUUAGUUAAAGGAGGCUUUAUUGCAAAUGUUCAGUGUGCUGAAGUAUGGUGUCCCAUGACCAAAGAGUUUUUUGCAGAAUAUCUAAAGAAAGAGAACUCCAAGAAAAAGCAGGCACUUUAUGUCAUGAACCCUAACAAGUUCAGAGCCUGUGAGUUUCUGAUUCGUUUCCAUGAACAACAACGUGGGGAUAAAAUCAUUGUCUUUGCAGACAAUCUUUUUGCGCUUACAGAGUAUGCGAUGAAACUCCGGAAACCAAUGAUUUAUGGUGCAACCAGUCAUAUCGAAAGGACAAAAAUUCUCGAGGCGUUUAAAACCAGUAAAGACGUGAACACUGUCUUCCUGUCAAAGGUUGGUGAUAACUCCAUAGAUAUCCCUGAAGCUAAUGUGAUUAUCCAGAUUUCGUCACAUGCUGGUUCUAGACGUCAAGAGGCUCAGCGUUUGGGUCGUAUUCUUAGGGCUAAGGGUAAACUCGAAGAUAGAAUGGCCGGUGGAAAAGAAGAGUACAAUGCAUUCUUCUACUCACUUGUUUCGACAGAUACACAGGAAAUGUAUUAUUCGACGAAAAGACAACAGUUCUUGAUAGACCAAGGUUACAGCUUUAAGGUUAUAACAAGCCUCCCACCUCCGGACGCGGGUUCAAGCUUGAGCUACCAUAGUCAAGAAGAACAGUUGUCUCUUCUUGGAAAGGUGAUGAAUGCUGGAGACGAUCUGGUCGGUUUAGAGCAACUCGAAGAAGACACAGACGGAAUGGCUCUACAAAAGGCGAGACGAAGCAUGGGAUCGAUGAGCGUAAUGUCCGGUUCAAAAGGAAUGGUCUACAUGGAAUACAACUCAGGCCGUCACAAAUCCGGUCAGCAAUUCAAGAAACCUAAAGACCCAACCAAACGACACAAUCUCUUCAAAAAACGUUACGUGUGAGAGAAACAAAGAGAAGCUUUCAAGAGUUUUCGGCUGUUUGUUUCGAGUUGUAUGUAACUUUUGUGCAAAUUUGUUGAAAUUAACAAAUAAAUUACUUAAAUUAAUAAAAAAAUGUAUGAUGUAUCAUGUAUGUAAGUAUUUUUUUUAUUUUUAUUUUUUGUAAGUAUUAUGACAUUGUUUAAAUAUGUAAGUGUAUGUUUCUAUUUCGAGGAGGCUACUUUGCAAUUGUGGAGGAAGUUGGUAAGA